GGCCCCUACACAGCAGUGCAUCAAAGCAGCAAACGAAGGGGGUGUGCAUUUGAUAACACCUUCACCCAUUCGCAUACACGCACGCACACACACACACACACACAGACGCAAUUAAAUCUGUAGAGAAUUUUAUUAAACGGAAAGAGAAGAUGAACUCCUACGUAAAGCGGUACACCGGCUCCGACGUCACGGUGCAGGAGAUGGUCGGCUUCAAGCGGGCACGUGACAAGCGACUCGUCAUCUGCAGCGCCCUCACCGCACUGGGCAUCUACGUCGCGAUUUACUGGAGUGAGGAGAGGGAGCGCACCCGCCGGCACACGUCCAUUGAGAAGGACAUUGAGCGGGAGCGCUGGCGGGCGCGGGAGUUAGGGCUGGGCAAGCCGACGGACGAUGGCUUCGUCGAACGCUACGAGGCCUCAAAUGGAAAGAUACGAGCCUGA